UACAAAGUAGAUUGCCGUACUCACCUGGGAACAUGGAAGGCCGGCUGGUAGGUUCUGCCCUUGACAGCUCUGAGAACUUAGAUGUCCAGCAAGCCCCACUUUUCCCCUGGCCAGCCUUAUCGAGCACGACCCGACUUUUAUCUGAUCGGUGCAGCUCUCCUCAAAUUUCUGCCGUGCUGCCUCGAACUGACGGCAAAACUCCUGGAGCGCGACCUUCGCCCGUCGGUCGACGUUCUCACUCCCACGACACGCACAACACGCGAGAUCCAACCAAUGCCAUAGUCCUACUACAAUAUUGGAAUCGGAAACACUUGAAUCGAACAAACCGACAAAUUAGGACCACAACCACCGAAAAUUCAAGAUGGCGCCCCGGCUGCCCGCCCGCGGCUGGCGGCAGCUCCUCGUCCUGCGGCCAUCCCCAACACCGAUCACCACGACGACAGCAACCUCCCGUAAUUCCCCCUCACUCAGCAACAACCUCCUCCCCACAACCCAAGUCCGAACGGUCAAAUCCGGCUGGUCAACGCUCCCGUCCCGCGCCCGGCCACGGCGCUUCAACCAAGUGACAUCGGGGCUGCCCGCACCAACGACGGGCCCGGCGGCGGCGCUCAAGCGCAAGGAACGCACCACGCCCGUGCGGGCGGGCGUGCUCGCCAUCAAAAAGGGCAUGACGGCCUUCAUGGGGCGGACGGGGGCGCGGAUCCCGUGCACGGUGCUGCAGCUGGACCGGGUGCAGACGGUGCUCAACAAGACGCGGGAGCAGCACGGCUACUGGGCGGUGCAGGUGGGCAUGGGCGAGCGGCACCCGGCCAAUGUCGGGGCGCCCAUGCUGGGCUACUACGAGGCGAAAGGGCUCGCCCCGAAAAAAGUCCUGGCCGAGUUCCGCGUGCGCGACGAGAGCGGCCUGCUCCCCGUCGGCGUGCAGCUCAUGCCCGACUGGUUCCACGUCGGCCAGCGCGUCGACGUGCGCAGCAACUCGCGCGGCAUGGGUUUUGCAGGUGGCAUGAAGCGGCACGGUUUUGCUGGGCAAGAGGCCAGCCACGGCAACUCGUUGAAUCACAGGACCAUUGGUUCCGUCGGCCCCUCGCAGGGCAGCGGGUCCAGGGUGCUGCCAGGCAAGAAGAUGCCCGGCAGGAUGGGCAACCACAGGGUGACGGUGCAGAACCUGCCGGUUUUGUUGGUGGAUAACGAGCUCGGGAUUGUCGUGGUCAAGGGUGCCGUUGCUGGGCCCAAGGGCGCCGUGGUCAAGAUCCAGGACGCCUGCAAGAAGCCGCCGCCGGACCCCAAGUUUAUUGAAAUGACGAGGAAGAUGCUGGAGGAGAGGUUCCCGGAUGCCGAGGCGCACCUGCAGGCGGCGAGGGAGCGUCACCUGGAGCUCAAAGCGGCCAGGAGGGAGCGCAGGAUAGCAGAGAUUCUCUCCGGUGGUAUGACGCUUAGCAAGGAGCAGGAGGAUGCGAUUGGGGAUAUAAUUGCGGAAGACGGCUUGGAUGCAUCUGCUGCCGGCCAGGCACCGGUUGCGUUGUGAUUGGGAGUUGCUGCUGUCGCUGGCUUGUUUUAUGUUGUUCUGUAUUGUACCAUAUCAUACAAGCUUGACAUACAUUCAAUGUACAAGUAACGUGUAGGAACACCC